UGCAUUGACAGACAGUCAAAAGAUUGGAAACACGAGUAGCAGCCAGCAGCCAGCAGCCGCACAAAUACACCGACACGGAGACACACGGCCCUCCUACAGCCCGGCAUUCACACUACAGCUGGAGUUGUUUUUAACAUACAAUAACAAACUUUAAGCUACUGACGUCCACCGAGUUUGGACGGUAACCGGCUGGCUGACAUUUAGUAGACAUCGUCCUGGAUGACGAGGCUGAAAUGAACUUUCCCUAUUCUGCACACACGGUGCAACAACAGCGCUGAAAUCCCGACGGGCAGUAAAGUGGUUUCCUCUGGAUCUAACGGGGUGGUAACGCGCCACGUCCGACGAUAAAACGAUACCAUUAAACAAACGCUUUUGGUGGGAGUGCAUCGGAGCGGUGGCACAGCAGUUGUUGAGUUACACACAAUGUGAACCCAGCGAUGCUCAACUUUGUGGAAAGUUGGGAGAGACGGCGCAUCAAGGGAAUUAUUUACAAAUAGUGAUGUUUUUUAGCAUAGUUUAGCGUCUUAAUCGUGAACUGCAUACUGAUCAAAGUGGAUAACAUAAUGUGCGAAGUGGCCACGGAUGAGCAUGAGAGGGAGAUCUCCGACAUGGAGAGCUCCACGGUGGCGCACAGUGAAGUCAUGCUGGUGGUCAAUCACAGCCGGAUCAAGCCCCCCUUCAGCGUGCUGCUGGCCACCGUGCUGUACUGUGCGGAGUUCAUCACGGCCGCCGUGCUCUGCAGCCGGUACCACAAGACCGAGGACGUGAUCUGGAUGGGCUUCACCCUCACCUUCAUGCUGCUGCCUGCCGUGCUCAUCCAGCUGGCCCUAACGUUCAUCCACAGAGACCUGGGCCGGGACAGGCCGCUCGUGCUGUUCCUGCACCUGCUGCUGCUAGGCCCUGUCAUCAGGUGUUUCGAGGCUCUGGUGGUUUAUUUCAAGUCGGGUAAAAGGGAGGAGCCUUACGUCACCAUCUCCAGGAAGAUUAACCUGGAAAAGGGACAGAUCCCCAUGGAGUGGGAAAUCGGCCAAUCAGAGCGCAACCUGGCCACUCACAGAAACGCCUUCAAACGCACCGCCGUCAUCCAGGCUUUCCUGGGCUCCGCACCUCAGCUGACCCUGCAGCUGUACGCCAGCAUCCAGGAGAAAUACUUCCUCCCUGCCAGAUUGACACUGAUGAUCAUCACGCUGAUCUCCAUCACAUACGGGGCUCUGGUGUGCAUCGUGCUGGCCAUCCAGAUCAGAUACGACGACUACAAGGUGCGGUUGCGGCCCUUCGCCUACCUGUGCAUGAUCGUGUGGCGCGGGCUGGAGAUCGCCACCCGCAUCACCUCUCUGGUCCUCUUCAGCACGGCGCUCACACACUGGGUGAUCCUCGUCGGCGCGGGAAACCUGCUCUUCUUCUUCUUUCUCCCCUGGGUCGAGUUCUGGGCCAGGAAAGGCUCGCUGGCCAAGGACGUGGAGAAAAACUUCUCCAAGCUGGGCACCAUGGUGGUGCUGUCCAUGUUCACGCUGCUGUACGCCUGCAUCAACGUCUUCUGCUGGUCGGCGGUGCAGCUGGACCUCACUCACCGAGAGCUCAUCGAGAGGAAGCAGCGCUGGGACCGCCUGGCCAUGUACUAUUGCGGGCGCUUUGUGGAGAACUUUGUCCUCAUCACGCUAUGGUACUUCUACAAGUCGGACUUCUACGAGUACGUGUGCGCGCCGCUGCUGGCCGCCCAGCUGCUGAUCUGCUACAGCCUGGCCGUGCUCUUCAUGCUGCUCUUCUACCAGUUCUGCCACCCGUGCAAAAGCCUCUUCAGGUACAACGUGCACGACUGCCUGCACUGCGUCUGCUUCCGUACAGGCCGGAGGGGGGGGAGGGGUCGGAGAGGGAAGCUGCCGCCCUCGUACUCGACGGCUGCCACCAUGGUGCUGGUGCCGGAGGAGCCCCUGCAGCUGCUGGACCCCCAAAACUCCCAACCCCUCGACCUGACCAAUCAGCUGGGAGAGCAAGAGACGGCUAUUCUUGAAGACAUUAUGCAGGCAGCCUAAGGAGGGCUUAGUGGGGAAAUAAAUGAACAAGUUAUUUAAUGAGGAUGCACCUCAGCUGCACAAGUCCUAGAGUACUUUUAACACAAAAAACAGACUAUACAGCAAUUUUACUAGUUUGUGAUUGUGAGGUGGAUUAAGGUUAACUGCUGUUGUCUUUAUCAAGGGUGAUUACUUACACUUGGGGCACAGCGAGGCCUCAUUGCACCAAAGAAUGUAGCACGUCCAGAUAUGCAGCGAUGCACAAAGGCCGCCUUGAGAGAGCAGCAGUGUACAGGAGUGAGCCAGGUGUGUGGGAAACGUGCCAAGAGUGUCAGAAAGAAAGACCGGGACACCCCCAGUUUACUCCCUCUCAGGGUUUUCACUCCUUUGCACACAUUUGCAUCUGCACUAAAAAUACUUUUACAAAAAAAACAGAAGAAGAAUGUAUCUUCCUCCUACCUUACUACAUAAGCCCGCUUUGUUGAAUGCCGUUUGGUGUUUACUAUUAGAAAAACAUUUUAGCUUUACAAAAAUUCAUCAAAAUAUGUCACAAAACAAUAUGCAGUUGAAAAACACCUAAAAAACUUAAUGGAAUAUAAAAUGCCUAUUUUUUUAAAGUCAACCUUGAAGUUGAAUUUACCCAAUUUACACUGAAUUAACUACUUUUAUCAAAGUGCUUUCACAGUAUGCUUCUUUUUUAUGCUAUGUCUUGUUUGUUUGUUCGGUGCCUUGACUACUAUUGUUUUACUUGAAACUCAAAAUAAAAGAUUCUGACACAUUCAUUCUUGCUCUGAAUGAAGUCACAAACACAAUAAAAGCUCAUUGUUUCCGAUAAAG